AUGCCAGCUUCUGUCAUAGCUUCCGCGAGGCCUUUCGCAUGUAGGCCCAGGCUGCUCAGUCGCACCAGGCUCGGGCUAAAUCUUCAGGAUGCGACGUGGGGCGGCCUUGCUGCAGGUGGGCAGCGGAGAGACAAGAUCGUCGGACCGGGUGGGGCCACAAUCACCGGAGGGAACUCCAAAUCAGACAUAAACUUACUUGUGGAUGCAGACUCGCACGGCAUUGACAUGAUUCAACGGGCUAUUGGUAUUCUGCAGCAGGAGAAGGGCAGACUUGUCCAAACGAGAAUUUAUGCUUCCCCUGCGCGGGCAGAGAACUCGAAAUGGAAGCGGUUUUUCGACGAGCAAGGGGUCCUGUUUCAUCCCAUCCCGCGUGGCAUUCAUGCAAGUGGCGAAGAAAGCGACGGAGCAAUCGUGGCAGAGAUGCAACGCUUGUCAGCGAAAAUGGCAGCAGGAGGAUGCAUUGCGCUAAUGACCGGGGACACUGGCUUUGUCAACCUGGUAAGCAUGGCCGUUCAUCAAGGGAUCGAUGUGGUCGUGUUUGCACCGCAAGGUGCGCUUUCGCCAAUCAGGCAGUUCAGGUCGGCUGGGGCGCGAGUAGUGACGAUGAGUGCAGACGCAGACAGCGCAUCGAGGGUCAGAGCGAUUCUUCAUUCAAGCGGAAAUGGGGAGGUACAAUUCGCAGAGCCGUUCGUUAACGCCCCUCAUGAGCAAGCGGAAAUCAUGACAAUUAUGAGUUUUCUCCAGGACUUGCAAUUUCGAGACGGGGAGCAGUACCUCGUGCAGUCCAUUGUAAAGUUUUGGUUCGAAAACCAGCUGGGGUCAUUGACUGUGUUCCCAGCCGAGAGUGCAAUAAAAGCCGCUCUCGCCAGAGCUACGGAACACAGCAGGUCGUCCUAUGUGACGUACAGCAACAAGCUAGCUUUUUUCCUUCCGAUCGCGCCCAGUUUUCGCACUACUCAAGCAAAUCUUCGGAAGUAUGGAAACAGGCAUGCUCGAGGCGUGUACCGCGGUGGGGGGCCUUUUGUGGUCAAAGAUUCAGAGGAUCUGGUGUCCCAGGCCUUGAAGAGACUGGGAUUCUUGGACUCAGAAUGGAAUCCGAAUCUAGCAGAGGCCAUGCUGGCCUUUGUGAACGUUGCACGGAACAAGCAGCUUCUCCGAAAGCAGUUUGAUGCCUUGCCAUCAUGUGACGACACUGCCGGGCUUGGCGAAGCAAGUUUAAGGCAUGCAUUCCUCUCGAACAAAUCGGAUGGCCGGUGGGGUAUUAGACCCAAAGACACUGCCGCGCGGGAAAUCCUUUGCCGAGAAGGGUUUCUUGACACAGAGUCAGCAUCGCAAUCGGUGGUUCUGAACGCAAUGAAGAAGUUCGCCUCAAAGAAUGGCCUGCCCAGAAGGCGAAACUAUGACAGUUAUGUGCGUUGCAUUCUGGACACACGCCGUGCAGCUGAUCCGAGCUCAAUAGGAGAUGUUCAGUUCCGCCUUUGA